AUGAGUACGCAUAACAUGGCUGCCCAUAUCGGUACGAACACGGGCUGGUCUAACUGGGUUAACAUCGAGCCGGAUCAUUACUACAACCAUGACGCGGCGCUGCGAGAUGCCGAGCAUUUGUUGUGCACUGUCGCGUCAUUUUGCAGCAUGAGCAAUGAGACGGAGCAUCUCCGGGUCUCGCCGUGCGCCACCAUGUCGGACGAAGACGUGGCCCUUACCGGUGCCGCAUUGGUCUCUGACGUCUUUCGGAACGCACCAGAGAUGCACGCCUACUACAUAGUCGGCCUAUGCUGCGCCCACCCUACAGCCAUCGGGUCCCAUAGCACUUACAAACUCAAACUGGGGGUUCUGGAAAUUUAUCAGAACCAGAGCAUUUGGGACUUCCGAUAUGGCUGGGAACGGUCUUUUGGACACAUCCAAACCACCAUCGACGGAGAACUCAUAGACAACGGUUUCAUCCAACGACUCGCAAACGUCAUGGACUGGGAAACUUUCGGCAAAAUCCGAACCAAACGAUCUUUGCCAGACCACGAAGCACAUGGCAUUAAAAAAUUGCGGUACCAACCUGUAGACGAUUUUAUCAAGAUGACAAUCACUUUUUGCAACUAA